AAGUCGCGGUUGCGUUAAGCCUAGGCUGUUCAUAAGCAGCCCACUCCUACUGUUCCUGCUUCCAGGCUUCCAGGAGAAUUCUGAAUUCCACAGCGAAGAGGAAGGCAAAGAGCGGCGAUACUGUAAGACGCUGCACACAUGGAGAACGAGUUCCAGGAUGGCAAGGAGGAGGUCAUCCAAGCAUGGUACAUGGAUGACAAUAAAGAGGACCAGAGGCUUCCUCAUCACCGUGAGCCCAAAGAAUUCAUCCCUCUUGACAAACUUUCAGAGUUAGGAAUAUUAAGCUGGCGCUUGAAUGCUGAUGACUGGGAGAAUGAUGAGAGCCUAAAGAAAAUUCGUGAAGCCAGGGGCUACUCUUACAUGGACAUUUGUGAUGUAUGUCCAGAGAAGUUGCCAAACUACGAGGCUAAAAUAAAGUAUUUCUUUGAAGAACACUUGCAUACUGAUGAAGAGAUACGCUAUUGUCUUGAGGGUAGUGGAUACUUUGAUGUGAGGGAUGAGAAUGAUCAGUGGAUCCGUAUAGCAGUGAAGAAAGGGGGCAUGAUUGUUUUGCCAGCAGGGAUGUAUCACCGCUUCACAUUGGACAGUGACAACUACAUCAAGGCAAUGCGGCUCUUUGUGGGAGAGCCUGUCUGGAUGCCGUAUAAUCGUCCCCAUGACCAUCUCCCAGCUAGGAAGGAGUACGUUGACAAAAUUAUCAACAAAGGUGGAAAUCAAGCUGUUGAAGCUCGUUGAUGGGAUCUAUACAUGAGUCCUGCCGACUGGGAUUUCUGCACUACAUUCUACAAGGACUACUGAAUAAGAUCUGCUACUGCAGUCCACCCAUACCACCACUCCACCAGCAUGUAUCAGUUAAUAUAGUUUGCACAGUGCUUUGACGAUAAUGAUGAUUCAAACUGCAUGAUGUUUUUGCAAAAUGAUUAUUGAAAUGUAUUCCUGUUCCUCCUA